AUGCAUGGAAAAAGAGAGCAAGAAGAAUAUAUAAGGAAAGGGCCAUGGAAAGCCGAAGAAGAUGAGGUGCUACUGAACCACGUUAAGAAGUAUGGCCCCAGAGAUUGGAGCUCCAUUCGAUCCAAAGGCCUUCUUCAAAGGACUGGCAAGUCUUGUCGACUUCGUUGGGUCAAUAAGCUCCGACCAAACCUCAAAAAUGGGUGCAAGUUUUCAGUAGACGAAGAGAGGGUUGUCAUAGAGUUGCAGGCACAAUUUGGGAACAGGUGGGCUAAGAUUGCAUCCUACUUGCCAGGAAGAACAGACAAUGAUGUAAAAAAUUUCUGGAGCAGUAGGCAAAAGAGGUUGGCUAGGAUUCUUCAUUCAUCAGCAACAACCCCCAAAUCACAGAAAAAUAAAACAAAAGUUCCUACCUUUCUUGAUAUUCCAACUUUGGAGGCUCCUAAGUUCUGUUCAUCAUCAGAGGGAGAACCAUCAUCAAAGCCUCAGCCAUGCUCAUUACCCUGCAUUGAUAAUUCCGAGGUUAUAAAAAUGGUGCACUUACCAGAUCUCAUAAAAUCUGAGUUGCCUAGUUCUGACACUAGCCAUUUUGAACAAGAGUUUACCCUUUAUGAGAGCUAUAAAAGCACGGAAUACAUUGCAUUCCCUCAGAUUCCAGAACUUCAGAAUGAUCAUACAUUCUCAAUGGGAAGCCAAGAUUCCUAUGCCAGAAUUGAUGAGCCAAGUUUUAUUGAAGACUUUGGACCUCUUGAUGCAUCUGAGUAUGGAAUAGAUCCACAACAUGCAAUUGGGUUGCCUUUCUUUGAUCCUUCAGGAAGUUGCAGAAUUGGGACAAUGGACACAAUUGAUAGCUCCAAAAACAGUGACAGCUUCUUCGAUGACUUACCUGUUGACAUGUUUGACCACAUGGAGCCACCUGCAAGCCGCUCAAAGCUUUGA